AUGCUAUUUUGGCUCUCAAUGCAUAGGAGCUCCUCAGUCGCAUCAUGGAGUCUGUCAUCCGGAUCAUGCUCUUGUGGUGAACCUGCCAAAAAUGAUGCCCAUAUCAGGCCACCCCAUCCGGCAUCAUCACCCACACAGUCUAAAAGCAGCAGCACGACCACACCAACAGCAUCCAGCGAGGAGACAGCAUCGCUCCACGAGCCUGAACAGUCGUACUAUUUGCCCUUCAGGCCCUCCCAGCAGCUCGCUCGUCUGCCAUUUCCCUCGAAAGUCUGGCAAAAGGCCGGGCCCAGCGGUAUAAGCGAGAACCGUCAGGAAGACAUACAGUCUUGGUUCAUUCAGAACCCAUAUCUGCGUCAUGAAGUUUUCACCGAUAGCAGUGCCGAGCACUAUGUCAAAGAAAAGUUUGCCAAGUUUCCCGAAAUCAUCGACAUAUACCAGGACUUGCAGGUGCCUAUCCUGAAAGCGGACUUUCUCAGACAAUUGAUUCUCUAUGCCGAAGGUGGCGUGUGGAGUGAUCUCGACGUGACAUGUCACCAGCCCAUCGACACAUGGAUUCCACACAAGUAUCAGAGUCAGACCAAUUUGGUGGUGGGCAUUGAAUUUGACGGUAACCAAUUUGCCAGCUGGACCGUCAUGGCGAAGCCGAGGACGGGUCAUAUCGCCGCGGUGAUUGAUUAUAUCAUGGAAAAGCUGGAGGAGACUGCCGUUGCAGCAAACACGACGAUAGCGGGACUCAAGAUGAAGGAUAUCGUGGAUGUGGUGGCGGUGACUGGUCCGCAAGCAAUGACGCAGGCUAUAUUUCGCAGUCUCUCUGUCGAAAUGAAUCAGACCAUUAGCGGAGAGAAUGUGUCACACUUGCACGAGCCAGUGCUACUGCAUGAUGUCUUAGUUCUCCCUAAUGCCGCCUUUGCCGCGUUGCAGGGGGACUGGCCUAAAGAUCAGGGGCCAUAUCUGGUUGAGCACCACUAUGCAGGGUCUUGGAAGAACAGCAAUGGGGGAGAAAAGUCAAGCUCGUCAGUGGAGUCAUCACAGGGUGAAAAGAUUGAAGCAGACAACUCAUGGCAUGAGGCUGGAUCAGAAGACACUGUUAAAACCGAAGUCAGAGACUCUUCUUAA